UUUUGUCUUUUAGCUGAAGUUGCAUUGACAUAACAAAGAAAUUUCCACCACUCGAGCAUCCUCAUCUUAAAUCCAGAGUAAAGCAGCCGUGGGAAGAGAGCUGAAUAAUUGAACAAAACGAUGACCCCUAAAGCACCAAUGCCAUGGAUAGGCCUAUACGCUGCUGUAGCAUCUCUAAUAUGGACUCUUUCACUUGUCAUUGAUGCAUUGAUUUCUGUCCGUCAGAGAAAAUUAUGGUUCCCUUGCAGAUAUUCUGCUCUCAACGCUGCUUCCUUGACUGUGUUAGCCGUCGCAGUGAAGUUGGCAAUGGAUCUAACCACCCCGAUGGAAGGUGUCAUUGAUCAAGUCGCUAAAACUUCUAGCACUGCUCUCUUGUGUGUUUCAACCGCUCAUUUCAUUCCCUCUCUGGGAUCCAUGAGUGAUAGAGAUAUAUUAGUGAACUUAACAGCAUUGGGUUUCCUUGUAGGGACGCUUACCGUAAAUGUCAUCAUCCAAGUAUUCACAGGCGUGAUUGAAGAUCAUUUCCAAGUGUUGGUUGUCUUUAUGAAUGUUUAUGCGUUCAUUAUAUUAAGUUCUUCUGCUUUAACGGUAUUUACAAGUAAAAGGUAUUUGGAACAUAAGUACAAAGAAUUGCAAACAAGAAUUUUGGCAGAGGAACUACAAGGAGACCAAAUAAUGGACUUUGACAAGUUAAAGUCACGAGUGAAAAAGUAUUGGGUGAUGGCGGAAACAGGUAACCCUCAGUUUGUAAUGGCACGAUCUGAGGCCAGCGGUGUUUUAUUCAUGAUCUGUGUCAUUAGUUAUAUUUUAGGUAAAUCACCAUAUUCAAGACUCGAUAAGCCAGAAAUUGCUUCAGAUUAUAAAUGGUCAGUGUAUUCUAUUCAUUGGACUCAACAUUUUGGCAUGUCUCUUUGCGUUGUCACGUCUUUGGGAAGAUUUUUAGUAGCUUUGCUUCACACUGUACAGAAUAUUAGAAAAUGUACCAUCUCUAGCAUUUCCUUAGAAAUAAAAAAUUACAGGAUCAAAAGAUUGGUAGAGUGGAAAAAGAGACUCCCACCAUUACAUAUUCGAGGCCAGAAGCUUAGAAAAAUUAUUUAUCACAUCAGAAAUCUACUUAUCAACAUUUGUAUAGGAAGUCAGAUAGUGAUUGUGAUCAUGAAUACAUUGCUUGUCCCCAUCUCAAUUGGUGGAUUUCUCUACUUAUUCAUCACGGAUCCAGUUUCCACGGUCAUACUAGGUAUAAUCCCAUUGGCCGUCCUACUCUCUUUUGGUGUCUCAAGGAUGAGAAUCGUUAGAUGCUUGGUGAUGGUAAAGAAUUUUUUCUUAUGGCAAUCUGAGGCCUCGGUCAAUCCCAAUGAAGCAGAACACAUGGUUGGUUGUGAGCAAGAUCUUAGAAAUUUUUUUUUACUUCUAGAAAGUGAGGUAAUACAUGAUGGAUACCUGAUGUUCAUUAACACUUCUAUUAAUUCAUCCAUAAAGAUGGGUGCAAAGAAUCAGCCUAGAUAUCUAAUGGACCUUAUGGAGAACUCCACCAGCUUCGUGGGUGUAUCAAAAUUUGAAUGUGAUCAAGUCUCUCCGAUUAUUUGCACAGAACCUCUUAAUUGCUGGAGUCUAUCCGUGGCAACGCUAACUAGCAUCAUGAUUGCUCUUCCCAAUGUCCAAAAUGAGAAGAAGAGUCAGUUUGUUAGAAGUGUCAUGGAAGGUUUUAAGUAUGUGCGCCUAAUUGAGAAAAGUUUGGAUGUUCAUAAAAGUUUUGUGUGCAGCACGAGCGCUGCAGAUUUUGCAUGGGUUUUAGUUGAAUUUAGGCGUAAGUGGUUAGACAUGGAUCUCCAAAAAAAUGCCAGGAUAUCAAAAUCCUCCAAAGAAACUCUUCAGAAUCUUGCAAAUAGAAGUGAAGAAAUUUUGAAGAAAUUUACGAGUAGAAUGAAUGGAAAUGCUAUGGAAAGCUCAGUUGACUUGCCUGAAAAUAUCAUAAUUGCCAAUUCAAUGUACAAAAUAAGCAAUAGUUUUCUAUUGGUGUAUGAGGAAAGUUAUCAUUUUGCAUCAGAUGCUCAAGUGUUUGAGAGAUUGUCAGUUAUUGUUGCAGAUAUAUUUGCUGCAUGCCUGACCAAUUUACCUCAUGUUAUACUCAAGAAAUGCAACAAUAGCACCAUAGAAGAACGGGAGAAAAGUAUAUAGGAAGCAACUCAACUUUUGGGAGAAACUCGAGGCAUUCUGAAAGCUCUUCAGAAGCGUGAAAUUCCUAAUCUAUCACCCGAACAGUCAAUUUACAUUGACGAAUGGCGUACUUUACUCAAACACACUAACCAUGGUAUUUCGAACUCAACUCCUGGCAGUGAGAAUAUUAUUACGGCUUCAAGUGGUGAGUUGCAUUUGGAUAUACAAGAACUUCGUGCAAGUGCUACAGCAGAAGCCUUGGAAACAGAGGAAGGUAAUGCAGAGUCUCAUGUGAGCGGGGAAGUGGCCGAAGAGUCAUGAGAAGAAAAGGAGAACAACCAAGCAUAAAAAUUUUAACUUUUCCACUUUUCAAAAGUUAUUAUUUUAUAAGCAUCUUUUUUGUGUGUUCAUUGGAGUUUGCUACGCAACUAUUGUUAUUUGUGAGUCAUUCAGUAACAUUGUGUUGUCAUGAAAACCUAGUAGGCACCUAACGCUGGCAUUUUAGUAGACAUUAUUAUAUAUUUUUUGAAGAUUAAAAGUGUCA